GCAUUCAGCCCCUGUGCAUGUGGAUAGACAGCUCUCUGCCACAUCAACUGCACUGCAAAAGCACUGCUUCGCACGAUCUCUCACUGUCACUUCACACAGUGGCAGAGCCGUGAGAGGUGACUCGUUUUGGAGAUUUUUCUUUUCUUUUUCAGUAGUGGUGCAACAAGUUUACAAAAGGCACCCCAAGCCGCGAGGUUUGUCAUUGUCUGAAAGGUUCCCCGGUGAAUGGGAACGCGCAGGUCCCUGAUAGACAAGCGUUCCAAUUCCGCGAGGACCAGCUCACCACUUUUGCGGUGACAUUGCUCUCGGUCAGGCGACAGAGAGUUCACUUGACACACGUCCAGUUACUCCUAGCCGGUGGCGCACAUUUAGAACUGUUAGUGCAUGAUUGUGAAGAGAUACAGCGCGGAAUAUGGCCAAGGAAGACCCCAAGUGCGUCUCGAGAGUGGAGAGUGUGGCAGCUGGCAAGCGGCGGUAUUGCUUCAGGACACUCGCAAACGUGCUCUCGUUCGCCUUCUCCGCCGUGUCGGUCGCCUUUUGCAUCUUUCUGAGUGUCCAAAGCGCCGAGAUUAAAAGCAGAGUUCUGGACCUGGAGACUGCCGAUGGAGAGCGAAUGUUUAGCCGACCCCCUGGAUUUUCCAUGGAUCGGUUUAAUUCAAUGAUACAGCAGCGCGUGGAUGAACUGCUCUCCCAGCGCACCUACGAGAGUAUGGUCAAGAUCAGGACAGCCCGCCAGACAUCACCUGAAUGCAACUGCCCACCAGGCCCACCGGGGAAACGCGGUCGAAGGGGACGCAACGGCGAACCUGGACCUCCAGGCCCGCCUGGUCCAAAAGGUGACAAGGGGGAUCAAGGUGACCAGGGUCCACGGAUGGUCUUCCCUAAGAUCAAUCAUGGCUUUCUUUCAGCUGACCAGCAGCUCAUUAAGCGCCGACUCAUUAAGGGCGACCAGGGGUCGGCCGGACCUCCAGGACCACCAGGGCCUCCCGGACCACCUGGCCCCCGAGGCCCACCAGGAGACACGGGCAAAGACGGCCCACGAGGAGUCCCUGGACUAGCGGGCGAUCCUGGUAACCCUGGUGACAUUGGCCCAAUGGGACCAGAGGGCCCUCCAGGAGCUAAGGGCGCCACUGGUCAUCCAGGUAUUCCAGGCAUCGACGGGCUUAAGGGGGACAUGGGAAAACAGGGAUUAGAUGGAACUCCCGGCGCCAAGGGAGAUAUGGGAGAGCCGGGUGAGAAGGGUGACAUGGGAGAAGGAGGACCCAAAGGUGAAUUGGGCGAGAAGGGUGACGCUGGGUCCUCAGCCGCUGGCAUUAAGGGCGAACCCGGGGAGCCUGGACGCGGAGGACAGAAGGGAGAGCCAGGACUGCCGGGCCUGCCGGGACUUCCCGGGAUUAAGGGAGAACCAGGGUUCCUUGGACCUCAGGGGGAACCAGGGCUACCGGGCCUUCCAGGAACCAAGGGCGAGAGAGGGGAGCUGGGGCCACCAGGAAAGGGUGAGCGAGGAGAGAUCGGCCCUGCUGGACAGAAGGGGGCGCAAGGAGAGGCAGGGACACCUGGCCCCAAAGGGACAAAGGGUGACUUCGGAGACAAAGGAGACCUUGGAGCCAUGGGGCCCAGAGGUCCCCCUGGGCAGAAGGGAGACCAGGGCAUCACUGAGAUCAUCGACUACAACGGGAACAUCCAGGAGGCCCUUCAGAAGAUUACCACUAUUACAGUGACGGGACCCCCAGGACCUCCUGGACCUUUCGGACCACCGGGCAUGAAGGGUGACCAGGGACCUUCUGGCCCACCGGGACUGGAUGGAGAGAGGGGUCUGAAGGGCUCCAAAGGGGACAUGGGCAUGCCGGGGAUAUCAGGGGACAAGGGCUCCAUGGGCCUGCCUGGCCUCCCGGGUGUCAACGGGAUGAAGGGAGAAAAGGGAGACGCCGGUCUGCCUGGUGCUCAGGGUCCUUCUAUCAUCGGCCCUCCUGGAUCUCCAGGCCCUCAUGGUCCCCCUGGCCCAAUGGGCCCUCAUGGAUUUCCUGGACCGAAGGGGGAGCCCGGGAUACAUGGCCUGAAGGGGAGCCAGCUGGGAGCGUCUGGCUUGGACGGCAAGCCUGGGAUAAGGGGAAUGGAUGGACCAAUUGGAGUGUCAGGACCCGCAGGUCCAAAGGGAGAUGUCGGUGAGAAGGGGGCAGACGGGGAACCUGGGAUAAGGGGACCAUACGGUCUACCUGGCUCUCCUGGAACACCUGGACUGGAUGGCUUACCUGGUUCAGCAGGCGAGAAAGGCGACAUUGGGGAGAGAGGAGAGAAGGGGUUCCGGGGCUUUAAAGGGGAGAAGGGGGAGCCGGGGCAGCCUGGGCUGGAUGGGCUCGAUGCCCCGUGCCAGUUGGGUCCAGAUGGCCUGCCCAUGCCAGGAUGCUGGCAGAAGGGAGUGACGCCAUGGCUGGUGGCUUAAGCGGAGGACAGGGCUCCUCUCGGUAGAGCUCGGGGCUCUGUUUUGUUUUCUUUAUUGUGCUGAGGGUCACAGGGCCUCAGCGUUGCACAACAGCCUGGCUCUCAGACCUCCUCCUCUAACACCACACCACCCCCACACACACACAUGGUACGAAUGCCAUGGACAUGCAUGGACCUG